UGUGUAAAUUCGUGCAAAUAACGCCAAUAAUGUCUGUGUCUAUGUCCUUUCAAAAAAAAGCUCUACAGUAGAUUAAUAUUAUGGGGAAAAUAAUAAAAACACCAAACUGACAAACUAGAGAAGAUAUAAUUGUGUAUUGAUAAAAUACAGACAUGCCAUGUAGUUGUCUUAGACACAAACACGGAAAUUCUAGCAAAAGUACAGUAAGUUAUAUCAAAAAAGUAUGCCAUACCCAACACGAGUAAUAUUAUUCACUGGGCAUAUUUUAUAAAAGGUUACAGCUUAUGUGCUUUGGUGGUUCCAUUGACCGAUAUUUAAACCCUGAGGGCUAUGAUGAUCUAAACCUCCUCUAAGUGGUAACUUAAAUGCUCAGCCAUGCUUUAACAAUUAAUCGGAUUUUAGCCAAUUACUAGCCAAAGGAAAAAUCAUUUAGUGCUUUGAUAAGGCCCAUUUGUUUCUCUAAAAGGAAGUUGUUUUUUGUUAUUGGGAAAUAAAUGGAGUCGAGGCAGCCUUUAGCCAAUAUCAGAACCUUAACCGUGAUAGCAUGCAAACUCAUCAGCCAAAAGGCCUCCAGCGCUCAAGCACAUAGAGUACUGUAAAAUAUACAUCCAUACUUUUUGAGAGAAGAAAAUGAUGGAAUUAUAGACUUAAUACUGUGAGAAAGGCUUCCAAAAGCACAGGAUUUCCUAAUGGAUCAAAUCAAACAACUGAAGAAAAACAUCCCUGCAAAUCCAAGCUGUGCUGGAAUUCACCUGGCCCUUGGGUCAUACUACAGUAAAAUGAGAGACUAUUCCAAAGCAUUAAAGUACCUGGAAAACGCGGAGAAACUAGACCCUGGCAAUAAAGACAUCGCCUGGCUAAAAGUGAAGGUUUUGAAGGACAAGCUUCUACAGGAACAGACAGAGAAAUGUAAGGGCUCAUUGGAGAAGAACAAGAUUACGGUCAUGCCAAAACCAAUCAAGGUAGAGCGUCGACACCACACUAGUCUGACUGCUAGAGAGUUUCUCUUGACAUAUGCCUUGACGGAGACCCCCGUUAUCAUCACAGGUCUCGUGGAGCACAUGACACGUGACUUCUGGACCAUUCAGUACAUCAAAAAGAGAAUUGGUCACAUGACUGUUCCCCUAAAGAAGCGAGUUCAACAGUCCUGUGAAUGGGCCAAACUUGAGUAUGCCCAAGACAUGAAACUUGCGGAUUUCAUUGACUCGAACAUGCGGUCAGGAAACGAGCCGCUGUACUUGUUUGACUGGAGUCUACCAACACACGCUCCCCAUCUAGCAAAGGAACUGACAAUCCCAAGAUACUUUUCGGGCGACUUCCUGCAGCGAACUGUGGACGGAUCCCUUUACAAGGACACCUGGCCCAGCCUGUUUAUAGCGCCCGCUGGGCUGGUCAGCGACCUUCACGUGGACGGGUUUGGGUCGAACUUCUGGAUGGCUCUGUUUCAAGGACGAAAAAAGUGGACGUUCUUCAAUAAAUCUGACCUCCCACUUCUGUACCCUCACUGUGAUGACCAGUCCCUUAAUAUAUCCUUCGACGUGAACCUGGCUAAUCCGGACACGAAAUAUUUCCCCCUUCUCGCCCAGACCACUCCACGCCAGUGCAUCCUAGAGCCCGGGGAAUUACUCUUCGUGCCUCAUGGUUCGCCGCAUUUCGUUGAAAACCUGGAAGACUCUUUGGCAGUUUCCGCGAAUUUCGUGGAUCUGUCCAAUCACAGUGCCGUAUUAGAGGAGCUUGGUAACAUGGCAAUUGCUGACCCACAGGCCGAAGCAUUGCGAGCGCAGCUUGCAAGAAAAGACUUCCCAACUCGCAUGUGGAGCGAACAAAAUGACGUUCCAUUUCAAGACUUUAAGCGAUGGCCUCCACAUAAUUACAAUGACUUUGACAUCGAUUUUACCGGCGAGGUUUAUGAGAAGUAUGGGUUUAAAGAUCAGUAAAUCGCCUUUGUAGACUAGUGUAUGCUUGAAGGCCCAACGGGAUGGGGCGCUUUCCGAAGGUGGCAUGAAGUGAGCAUGCUUGUGACCACCAGGGAAACCACAGGUAGCCCAAGGUCUUUAUUUGUCCCUAUUGAUUUUACGGUAAACAUAGGGCGAAGAACAAAA